AUGGAUAGCUUAAGUGAAAGACGUGGAAUCAAUUGCACCGAUGCUGAAUGGGAUGAAUAUAUAGAGAUGCCUCAAGUUCGUUCUAAUGAAACUCCUAGCGAGUGGAUGAAACGAAUCUGGGAACGUUUAAUGUAUUUUAGAGAAAAUAAUCUUUUACCAUAUCAGAGUAAAAAAUACCUCGAAGCUAGGAAAUUAAUACGAUGGCCGGAUGGCAGUUCAUCUGCUCCUGAAAUCGGAAUAGCAAUAUGUUUCUCUUGUGACCGAUUAGUAUACACCGGACAAAGAAAAAAGAAUAUCGGAAAUUAUAACCAUAUAGGAAUGGAGAGACAUUGGAAAUUUUCAUGUACCGGAAAUAAAUACUGUGGUGUAAAUUAUGAAGAGUAUUUGAAAAUAAAGCAAAAAUCUAAUUCCGGAUAUGAUUAUGACAAUAAAUAUGCAUUACAUCGUUAUGAGUUAUGGAAAUGCAAUGCGAUUAAAAGACUUAAACGUGCAAGGGAAGUCGGAAGAAAGAUUCAAGCUAUAAAUAUCAUAUCUCAAAAAUGGUUGGAGUAUAUGUAUAAACCUGAUGGUCUCUGCGCUUCAGAAUUAGCAUUACAUUAUCAAUUAUUAUGGGCAGUUCGAGAAGAAAUGCGACAAAUUAAUACUGUAUAG